GGACCCCCAUCUUACACACAUAACGGGUCUACCCAACAGCAAUAGUUCAGGGGCUGAGCGACCCGCACUGCUGUAACCUGUCAACACUGUUCGGUAGAUACUCGUCUCCGUCUGUCCGGGUUCCUUCUUCUCCUUUUAGACACUCGUUCAGAAAAGCACAGAAACAAACCAGUUUGCCUCGUUUCUUUAUCCUAUUAUCAUCUCCACUCUUACUACCUGAUAACGAUGGUCGGUGUUCCUGGGAAAUACAAGGGCUGCAAUUCUUGCCGUGUCCGGAGAGUCAAAUGUGACAACGAACGACCAUAUUGCAGGAAGUGUAUCGACAGUGGUCGCGAGUGUCUUGGUUAUGAGCGAGAAACCGUCUUCAUCAUCGGAACCAUCGAGGACGGCGGUCGUUGUUCGUCCCAUCCGCCAAGGGUCAUCAAGUCAAAGAAGGCGAAAGCUUCAACCUCGUCGAGAAGUGGAGGAGAGGAGGAGAGGGGGACUCCACAGCAAAAGCAUCAGAAACAUCAGCACUAUCCGGAGCUCUUUCCGGAUCAGCCGCUUCAGUCGGCUUGGGACGACUUGAUCUCGUUGUCGACGCCCUCGGGUACGAAGUACACCCUACAGUUUACGGCUCUGAAUACCCGGCUUCAGAAUGUUCUCCGCCGUAGUGGCAGCAGGGGAGAUGCUACGGGAGAGUUUACUGUGAACUCGAUGGCGGAAUACGAAGUCCCGAAUCUGCAACUUUACUUCAGUGGCCAGGACUUCGAGUUGAAGUCGCAGUGUUUGAUUAGUCUACCGGAAAGCCAGAACGAGGACCCAUACAUGCCAUCGAUUGGUUCAUGCGUUUUCCUUUACGAGCACAACAAUUCGACUCUGUACACGAACCUCUAUAGCAAUCAGCCAUCGUUCAAGGAUUCGGCCGCUCAAAAUGAUCCCAUCAGACGCGCUGGGCCAGAGAAAUUUCAGACGUUUCCUAACCAUCACUUCUUUGUCCGGGUCUACCGGCCUACUGCUAUCCUGACCGCCCUGCUCAACCGCACCCCAACCUUCCUCGAGUCCGCAGAAUGGACUUCCACUCCCUGGGAGAAGCACCCCAAGUCCAUCCUCGAUCAACUCUUCGACAUCAUCGCCCUCCUGCCCCGCAUCCUCUCUCGCACGGACCGAGUCACCGAAGAAGUACAAACGCUAUCCCGUCGUCAGCGUGCUCAAGACCUCUUGACCAACUGCCUCAACAUCGAACGGCAACUUAACGCUUGGUCUUCAUCUUUCAGCGCCGAGAUGACGGCAGCUAUCUCGCGUCAAACAACGGCCGUCAUCACACCGUCGUCGUCGUCAACUUCGAUAUCAGAUUACGGGCAAUCUCCGCCCUACCUAACAACCCCUCCAACUUCAAGCUCCUACCCUUAUCUCUCACCCUCCUCCUCCCCAUAUUCGCAGGGCCAAGGCCAAGGCCAAACACACUCCCACCGCCGCUCCCCAUCCAAUUCCAAUUCCAUUUCCCGCUCCAGAGGUACCCCCUCCCCCACCCCCUCCGCCUCCGCCUCCGCCUCCUCCCCGCGCUUCCAACCCUACCCUACAACAUCCCCUCAUUCUCAUUCUCAUCACAAACCCCAGGGGCAACCAAGGUCUCCUCGUCGCGCCUCUCCGUCGUCUGUUGCACACGCUCACCCAAAUACUGGCUACCCAUCAUACUCGGCAGGAUACCCAUUCACCAACCCCCCACUAGCCUUCCCCACCUCCCAACUCGCUUUGGCGUAUAUCCUUUACUGCACUAGUCUGAUGCAGCUUUACCAAACCAUCGAGCGCAUAUACUGGAGCAUCUUUGAGCCGUUGCCUUUACAUAUGGUGGGUACAGGAUUGCAGAAUAUGCAUCAGAAUAUGCAGAACAUGAACCUCCCGUUGGAGGUGCAGAUGCAACAGAUGCAACAGAUGCCGGUGGAUUUGAUUAGCGACCCGGCGAGGUAUGGAAGUAAAGCGGUUAGGGGACUGGCGGAACGGGUGGGUAGGAGUCUGGAGUUUGCGCUGAACAACAAUAUCGAGCCGGGGAUGCUGGCUUAUCCGGUUUUUGUGAUCAGGGCGUUCUACGAGAGCCUUGGUUUGGGAUUGGGGGCUGCUGCUGCGAGCUGGGAAGGCUUGGGCGUGGGCGUGGGCGUGGGCGUGAUGGGGGUUGUUGAUGGUUUAGGGAUGGACAUGGGGAUGACUAAGAACAUGAAUCCUGGGAUGACUGUUGGCAGGAUUGGCACGAUGGGUAGCCAUAUGAGUUACUCAGCAGGCAUGGAAAACUUGAAUAUAAUGGGCUUGGACGGAAUCAACAACACCACCACCAUGACAGGAAGCACUGGUGGCGGGCAAAGCAUGGGUUACCACCCAACGACGACAACGGCACCAACAACAACAACAACAACAGCAGCAGCCAUGUUAAUGCAACAACAAUCUCAAGCACCGCCGCCGGACGGCCGCCUCGAGGUGAUGUGGUGCGAUCAUUUCAGAGAGAAGUUGAAAGCUAGAGGGGCGGAGAUAUCCAAUGCGAUUACGGGUCAGGGAAGGAGGAGGAGGAGGUGGAGGGAGAUUGCUGCUUUUGGGUAUUGAAAUGAAAAAAAAUAUGGGAAUGAGAGGGAGAAGGGUGGACGACUUACAUAUCAGAUCAGACGAGAACGUUUUGAACACGACGCAAUGAUGAAUUUCUGGGACUGGCUUUAUUCUUCCCUUUUUUUCUUUUCGUGUUCUUUUUUCCUUACAAGGAAGGGGAUAUAAACAAACAAGAUACUUACCGGCUGGAAUAACGCUGGGCCUCGCGAGAGGUUUUUGAACAUUUGGGGUUACAUAGUAAAGAAUGGUUAGGGUCUGUUUGGGUGGGUGGUUAUCUGCUU